GCGGGGCGCGGCGAGAGGCGCAGGCGGGAGGGCCCCGGAGCGCAGAGAGGGCGCCGGGGAGGGACGCUGGGCGGCCGUUCGUCCUCGCCUUCGGGUCUCCAUGCCUCGGCAGCGCCCUGCUCCGCAGCCAACGGCCCGAAAGCUGUAGCUAUGGCCGCCGUGGCCGUCCUCCGGAACGACUCGCUGCAGGCCUUCCUCCAGGUCAGGUCUGGGCUCGGAGGGAGAUAGGGAAAGGUGGGAAGGGUCGCGUCCGGAUCGAUCGUGGUACUCUGUGCACCCUGAAUCUCAAAGGGACCCUGUUCGGUGGAUGCAGCUGGAGUCAGACCUAGUGGUGCCCACGUCAACUUCGCACCUAACCUUGGUGUCUAGAGUGUGGCCUUUGGGGGGAGGGACGCGCGAAUCCGAGGGUUGUUCGGGCUUGCGAGUUUGGCCAAGAACAGGGCCCGAGCUCACCCUGCUGGGGCCCUCCCGCUGAAUUUCAGGCUGGGGCGGGCGUAGGAGGAGCUCGAGAGUAGCUUAAAAGGUGGGAGGGAGGGCGGAUAGGCCGCUGGUCUGUGGGUGUUUCCACACCCUUUCUGACCGCGGAGGCCGGAGCGGCCCGUCGGAUCCUUCUCCCCUCCCACCGUGUGCCUGCUUCCUCUGAGUCUGGAUGGCGUCUCUUUGCACCAAGUAGUUUAACAGGAAGCGCUCGAGCGCUCCGCGUUCAGGACCGCACCCCCAGCGCCUCCCCGGACCUGGGAAAGCACUCGCCCCUGGCGCUGCUAGCCGCCACCUGUAGCCGUAUAGGCCAGCCGGGAGCCGCUGCGCCCCCGGACUUCCUGCAGGUGCCCUACGACCCCGCGCUGGGCUCGCCCUCCAGGCUCUUUCACCCGUGGACCGCCGACAUGCCCGCGCACUCACCGGGCGCGCUGCCGCCCCCGCACCCCAGUCUGGGCCUGACGCCGCAGAAGACGCACCUGCAGCCGUCCUUUGGGGCGGCCCACGAGCUGCCGCUCACACCCCCCGCCGACCCCUCGUACCCCUACGAGUUCUCACCCGUCAAGAUGCUGCCCUCGAGCAUGGCGGCGCUGCCCGCCAGCUGCGCGCCUGCCUACGUGCCCUACCCUACACAGGCGGCGCUGCCGCCCGGCUACUCCAACCUGCUGCCCCCGCCGCCCCCACCACCGCCACCCACGUGCCGCCAGCUGUCUCCCAACCCAGCCCCCGACGACCUCCCGUGGUGGAGUAUCCCGCAGGCGGGCACCGGUCCGGGGACCUCCGGGGUUCCGGGGGGCGGCCUCUCCGGCGCCUGCGCCGGGGGCCCGCACGCACCUCGCUUCCCCGCCUCAGCGGCCGCCGCCGCCGCGGCCGCCGCCGCCGCCGCCCUGCAGCGGGGCCUGGUGUUGGGCCCGUCGGACUUUGCGCAGUACCAGAGCCAGAUCGCUGCGCUGCUGCAGACCAAGGCCCCCCUGGCGGCCACGGCCAGGAGGUGCCGCCGCUGCCGCUGCCCCAACUGCCAGGCGGCUGGCGGCGCCCCCGAGGCAGAGCCGGGCAAGAAGAAGCAGCACGUAUGCCACGUGCCGGGCUGCGGCAAGGUGUACGGCAAGACGUCGCACCUCAAGGCGCACCUGCGCUGGCACACCGGCGAGCGGCCCUUCGUGUGCAACUGGCUCUUUUGCGGCAAGAGCUUCACGCGCUCGGAUGAGCUGCAGCGGCACCUGCGGACUCACACCGGCGAGAAGCGCUUCGCCUGCCCAGAGUGCGGGAAGCGCUUCAUGCGCAGCGACCACCUCGCCAAGCACGUCAAGACGCACCAGAAUAAGAAGCUCAAAGUUGCCGAGGCCGGGGUCAAGCGGGAAGACCCGCGGGACCUGUGAGCCUACCGCGGGGCGACUCGAGGCCUCUCCCGCCUGGGACUCCCUUCCCAGCCCCUCUUUGGGGAGGGUUCCGGAGCUCUGUGGGCAGCUGGCGGAGGGAAGACCCAACAGGCUCUUGCGUCUUCCUUCUGCCCUCCUCCCAAAGCAACGCCCCGGGCUCCCAGCUUCCCUGGCCCGGCCUUCGGACAGGGACCCUGUGCGCCGGAGGAACAAGGGAAGUAGGGUGAGGAGCACUGCGUCACGCCAGGGCGGUUUCAAGCUCUUAACCAUUCCCACCGUCUAGGAGAUCUACAGUUUUGGGGGACCACACUGGGCUGACCUUGUAUAUAGGAAACACUGUUGAGUUAAAGCAGAAGGACCUUGGGAGAUUUGAAAUUGUGCUUUUUUUUU